GAUCUCUACACGUUUAUGUUGGUGUCUGAAAGCAUAACAUCGCUAGUAUUUCCCUAUGUUUGGCAACACGUGUAUGUUCCAAUUCUUCCAGCAUCACUCUUACAUUUCCUUGAAGCACCUGUUCCGUUUGUUAUGGGCUUGUACUGCAAAGACACUGAUGACAUAGACGCACUUUUGCCUUCAAAGGUUAGAAAACUAUAUAUUUACAGUUGAGUUUCUGUAAGCUUUAUAACUCUUACUGGACCUCUUGGGAGAACAGUUUAGAACUGAUAGAACUAUCCAGUAUAAAUAAAGUUAGUUUAGUUUAGGUUUCCUCCUGUAGUAACACUGGGUCAAUAAGCGAUGAUCCUUACUGGACCUUUAGGGAGAAGAGUUUAGAACUGAUAGAGCUAUCCAGUAUAAAUAAAGUUAGUUUGGUUAGCAAACUUUUGUUAUUUAUUCAAUAUAGUCAUCACUAUGCUGCUUGGAUAUAAACAAUCGCGUUUUAACAGUUCCAGAAGAGUUACCCGAACUACCUUACGCAGAGGAACUCGCCCAGGAACUCUCAGAAGUCCUUGCAAAAUACAACAAAAAAGCAAACGGAACUCUCCCAAGCUCGGGCCGGUCAAGUCCUUCUCAGAUACCAAGAAAAAAGGCUUCGGAUGUCCGGCUGACCGCUCGAAAAUCUGUCAAGAAAAUAGAUGCAAUAAAAGCAGGUUUAAGCCAUUUAAAAACUAGUAACAGUACCUCAGAUUUGUCUAUGAGCGAAGGCAUUAACCCCAGAUUGGCGUCGCUUGAAAAGGUCGCUCAAAAAACGGGCAUUCAGAUAAACGUGUCAGCGGAUACCAAAGAAAAGUCGUCCGCUGAUAGGGAAUUGGAUGCUAAUCACGUGGAAGAUGCUUUAAAGGGAUUGGGGGCUAAAGAAUUAAGGCAAUUAGAGUUUAAUCUUGAAAUUCGUGAGAUUUUAGUGAAUUGGUUUACUCAGGUGUUUUUGUAUUACGAAAGUUUUGUGAUACAUCCGCUGGACAAUCAAGAUAUGGAACAGUGGAUUCAGAAUCGGGAACAGAUGGAGAAUUUCGACAAGGCCGCAUUUUUGUCCGACCAGCCCGCGACAUUUUUGCCGUUCCUAGCGCCUUUUAUUGAGACACAAAUGUUCGCGUCCUUUAUUGAUACGAAGUUGAUUGGGUGGUGGUCGGAGCCUGAUUCGAAGUUGGCUGUUUUUGAUCAGAGGAUACUUCAAAUGAAAUACAAGUUGGGCAUUGUCAGGUCGCAUUCGUAUGAACGAUGUCAGAGUGUCAAGAGUGCGUGUAAGUAUUGGGGUUGUGGGGUGAUGGUGGUGAUGGUGAUGAUGAUGGUGAUGAUGAUGAUGAUGAUGAUGAUGAUGGUUGUGAUGAUAAUGGUGAUCAGGUCGCAUUCGUAUGAGCGAUGUCAGAGUGUCAAGAGUGCGUGUAAGUGUUGGGGUUGUGGAGUAAUGAUGGUGAUGGUGAUGAUGAUGGUGAUGAUGAUGAUGAUGAUGGUUGUGACGAUAAUGGUGAUCAGGUCGCAUUCGUAUGAGCGAUGUCAGAGUGUCAAGAGUGCGUGUAAGUGUUGGGGUUGUGGGGUAAUGAUGGUGAUGGUGAUGAUGAGGGUGAUGAUGAGGGUGGUGUUGAUGAUGAUGGUGGUGGUGUUGUUGAUUAUGAUGAUGAUGGUGAUGAUGGUGGUUGAUGAUGGUAAUGGUGGUGAUAAUGGUGAUGAUGAUGAUCAUGAUGAUGAUGAUGAUGAUGAUGAUGAUGGUGGUGGUGGUGGUGGUGAUGAUGAUGAUCAUGAUGAUGAUGAUGGUGAUGAUGGUGAUGGUGAUGAUGAUGGUGGUGAUGAUGGUGGUGAUGAUGGUAGUGGUGGUGAUGAUGGUGGUGAUAAUGGUGAUGAUGGUGAUGAUGAUGGUGGUGGUGAUGAUGGUGAUGAUGAUGAUGGUGAUGGUGAUGAUGAUGAUUAUGAUGAUGAUGGUGAUGAUGGUCGUUGAUGAUGGUAAUGGUGGUGAUGAUGGUGAUGAUGGUAGUGGUGGUGAUGAUGGUGGUGAUAAUGGUGAUGAUGGUGAUGAUGAUGGUGGUGGUGAUGA